UCUGAAAACCGACACAAAGCAAAAGUAGAUAUUCUAAAGCUUUCAGUCUCUUUCUCAGUUUUCUGCUUUUCUUCACUCUUACACAUUCCUCUCUUACACUCUAUCAUUUAGCAACCAACCAUAUUCCUUUUCUUCUUUUUCAUCUUUUUAUGUGACUCAACACUCUCACCAUGUGAUGUUCACUUACUACUCAUUUGAUCACUCUAUAAUCUCCAACUUAUUACUUUACAUAGCCAAAAAAACAAAGUCCUUCAAUUUGCUUUUUCUAUAUUUCUAGAUCUGCUAUUGCUGAACAUGAUUUCAAUCUGAAGUGUCGGUUUAAAUUCAAAAAAGAGAAUAUGUUGUUUAUAUUGUAAAGUUUGUAACUCAAAAUUUUAAUGAUCACAUUCUUUCUUUCCAUGUUAAUUUUAAAAUUGCUUUAAACAUUAGAAGGAUUCUUACCUCAUCUAUUUUGGCAUCAGCACUAGCUUCAACCUUGAUCUUCUCAUAAGGGGUUGCAUCUAGAAAUUUAGUUGUGGAACAUGAUGGUGAAUGAAGGGAAGUUGAAUAUCAAUGAUCCUCUUCUGUCUGUGAGGCGCUCUAUAUGUACACCAACAUCCUCAACUGAAGUAAAGACAAAGAUACUAGAGAAUUCAGCACAAGUCCUUCCAUGCAACAAGUCUGAAAUGAUUCAAAAUCAGGUAACGGAACCUGUUGUGGUGCCUAAAACAACAUCUUUGAGGGACAUUUUGAAUAAAGUAGAUCAUGACAAAGGAAUAAAAGAUGAGAAGGUAAAAAAUUUGGAAGAGGAUGAUGAUGACGACGUCGAUGCUUUUUCGGAUGCUUUAGAAACACUGUCUUCAACAGAAUCAAUAUGUGUAAGUGGUUUGGAUAAUUUGGAUGCAAACAAAUGUAGAACAUCUUCUAGUGAUGAUAAACAAGCUCAAGACUUCAUGAUGAACCGCUUUUUACCGGCAGCAAAGGCUAUGACUUUACAACCACAUCAACAUGCUCCAAGAAAACAAUCUGUUCUGUUAGAACAACCUAGCACCAAAUUGGUUAGUGAAGAAAAGAAAUUCUUUGUUAAUAAUAUGCCAAUCACCGACAUUAUACCAUACACUGGUCAAUAUGAGGAGGAGGAAUCAGAAUCGGAACAAGAAAGUGAUCAUGAAAUUGAUGCUUAUGCAACUAUAUCAGCUAAGGGUUGUGGAUUAUUUCCUAGUUCAUGCAUUAAGAAUUCAUUGUGCUUAUUAAACCCAAUGCCCGAUACAAAACCGGAUAACCAGAUUCCCAUGUGGUCUUCCUACGAGGUUGAAAAACCUAACAAAAGUUCUCAUUUUAGCUCUUACAGAUCAGGUCCAACCAUGAAGAAGGCGUGGGAUGCUAUUCAUAAAAGCAAAUCAAGCUCUGGAGCUAGUGAAUCGAAGAGGUAUAAUACUUACUCAGGUGAACCGAAUCAGAUAAGUAGGCUCGCUUCAUUUCGUCGGUCAGGGGUUGCUGUCGCUACUGGUGUAUCUUCUUCUCAAAGUAAUUCGCAAUCUCUGGCUGAUACUAAUCAAUCUAAAAAAUGGAAAUUCUCAAGCCAAGGACAUGGAAGUUUACAAGAGGUGCAAUCAGAAGGAACCAAAAGAAGUUCAAAUUCAAGGAAACUUUCAAUGGAAAAAACAUUGUAUGAAGAUACUUCUAGCAGUAAAGUAAAAAUACCAAGCUCAAAUUCAGUUAUUAAGGCUGAAAGAUUAAUAACUGAUCAAGAAAAUAACCAAGAAUCCAUGUCCUUGCAACUUGUGCGAAGUUCAUUUGAUAAAGAUACAGAGAUCAACAACAAGCAAAUUGUUGUAGUUGAUGAUUCAGAAAAAACUGAUGCUAAAUGUCUUAUGCACCUUCUUUCUCCACCAUUGCCAAAGUCACCUUCCGAGUCGUGGCUUUGUCGCGCCUUGCCCUUAGUUUCUUUCAAAAAUUCCCUCGCAUAUCCGAGUCGUGGAACACAACAAUCACACGCUGCUAAAAUGAUAGGUUACAGUAGAACAUCCAGCUAUAGCAAGUGGGAAACAAUAGUGAAAACUUCAAAUUUGCAUCAUGAUCAUGAAUGCUGUUCUCAGGAACUAACCAUAUAUAAGUCUCAGCAUUCAAAGUCUUAGAGAUGGAAGUUCCUCUUAUUGGUUUUUGGAAAAACAACAGAAGAAUACAUAUCCUAAUUGGUGAUCAAUAAAAAUAAACAAAGUUUCUUUUGGUAAAUGAUACCUUUGAUGGAUUCAAGAUCCUAUAAGCUGUCCCCAGAUGUACACAUACACUAAUGUUGAGUGCUGUUAUUCUUGCUUCAUUGAUUCUUAUUUAAUAUACAUACAUUCUAUACAUUACAUAAGAAAAUUAUUUGUCUCAUAUACUCUUCCUUUUCUUGCAAUUUAAUAAACUCAUGUCCAAGUAUGAUAAUCA